AUGGAUACGCACCCUACAUGGGAUUGGUCCUCGGUCGGGGACAGCUCUGCUCCUCAACAGCCCGAGCCAGAGACACGCGCGUCAUACGGAUCUUCAGCAGAGUGGACUACUCCGCAGCCAAGUACGACCUCUCAACAGGGUAGUUCGUUCAAUCAAGCACCUCAUAAUCCGCCGAGGAACAGACGUUAUGGCACGCGUACAUGCCGCAUCUGUCUCGACACUGAAGAGCCUAGAUUUCCUGACCAGUCAACUACGUUUGGUAUUACGGCAGCAUCAUCCCGACCAACGUACUCUUCCGACGACCCGGAACUGGGGAGGUUGCUAUCGCCAUGCAAGUGUAAGGGUUCGCAGAAAUACGUACACGAGGGAUGCCUUAAUGCUUGGAGACAAGCAAACCCUACAGCGGCAAGGAAUUACUGGCAAUGUCCAACCUGCAAGUUCACGUAUCGCAUUUCCCGACUACACUGGGGCUCUCUUUUGAGCAGCAAGUGGGCACAGGUCGGCUUGACUAUUUGGUUCUGCUUACUGAGCAUUUUCGUUCUUGGAUUCAUCGCGGAUCCCCUAUUUGAUCUUUGGUCCGACCCAAUUGGAACCAUUGGCGAAACCGUCACAAGCGUGGUAACAGAUCUUGAAGCCCUCAGGCAACCACCAUCACCGGAGCCCACCUCGUGGAUCGAACACUUCACCAAAGGCUUCUUUUCCCUAGGAAUUGUCGGCUUAUUCAAGACCAUGCUUACUGUAAGUCCAUGGCAUUGGUGGCAGAUUCGAGGCAGCGGAGUGGCAGGCGGUGGUGGUGGUAGGAGAGGAGGCACUGGUCGAAACCGUGUCGAGAACAUCAACCUCAUCUUUGUGCUCAUUGGUGCAUUUACAUUCCUUGUGGGCAUCUGGAAAUUUGUUCAGAAGUUGAGUGCUCGUGUGCUCAAGAACGUGAGCGACAGGGUUGUUGAUGUCGGGGCAGACGAUGACGACGAUGAUGAUGAUGUCGGCGAUGGACCGAAUCAGGAAAGUAAGAAAGACGAAUGA